AUGUCUUUAUCUACCAAUAAUGCUAUAACAAAGCAUUCAGUUAAUGGAAAUUAUUUAUUACCAUCAACAUUACCAGAACCAACUGACGAAGAAGAUUCAUCGAAACCACCUCGUCGAAUGAGUAUUCUUCAAUCAGACAAGGCUUUACGUGAUCAUGAUAGUAAACUAAUCUAUACUCAACGUGUUGAAGCAAUUUCUCAUUGUUAUGAAGAAAUUUUGAAUAGUCUUGGGGAAGAUAUUCAUCGACAAGGUUUAUUAAAAACACCAAAACGAGCAGCAGAAGCAAUUCUCUUCUUUACUAAAGGAUAUGAACAAGCAGUUUCAGAUGUUGUUAGUGAUGCUGUUUUUGAUGAAGAAUGUGAUAAUAUGGUUGUGAUCAAAGAUAUUGAUAUAUUUUCGUUAUGUGAACAUCACUUGUAA